AUGUCAACCUCACUGCCGUUGCCGCCGACGAUCCCAACCAUCUCUCUGCGCGAUCCGCGGUUGGGCGACGCCAUCCUCGACGCUUGCACCUCGAGCGGCUUCUUCUACCUCUGCGACCACGGCAUCGCGCAGCACGAGACCGACCGCCUCUUUGCCCUCUCGAGAGACUUUUCCGCCCUCGAAGAGGCUACCAAGCGCCGCUUCAUGGAUCGAGCAUCGAACACGGGCUUUACCCCGAUAAAGCACGAGAGCCUAGACCCCUCGAAAGCAUCAGACGGCGACCUCAAGGAGUCCUUCUACCUCGCACGCCUGGCCACGACAGCGUCCGGUUCCACACCCGAGAGCGUCGAGCACCGGCCCCCGACACAGCUCCUGCCGGCCGGCCUCGGUUCCUCCAAGGACGACGUCGCCCGGUUCAUCGAGCAGUGCAAGGCGGUCACCGACGAGGUGCUGCGCGGUUUCGCCAACGCUCUCCAUCUAGACGAUCCUGCCUUCUUCAAAGGCAACCACCACGGCGCCCACGAUAGGCUGAGGCUGAUCCACUACCCUCCUUCGAGUCCGAGCAGCGACCAAGGUGCCAGCAUCCGCGCCGGCGCCCACAGCGACUACGGCUCGGUGACGCUCCUGUUUCAGAAGGACGUUGGGGGCCUCCAGGUCGAGCUCGAGGGCUCAGGCUGGAUCGACAUCCCGCCCAAGCAGGGCUGCAUCGUGGUCAACGUCGGAGAUGCCAUGGAGUUCUGGACCGCUGGCCUCUUCCGCUCUACGCAGCAUCGAGUUGUGAUGCCCCGCAACGAUUCUGAAGCCUCAUCUCGCUACUCGAUGGCCUACUUUUGCCAGCCGGACGAGAACUGCGUCCUCCAGCCGCUGCCGCUCUCUUCGCAGGUGCUCGAGGCGAUCGGGAACAGGCGCACCGCGAUGGACCCGGCCGAGUUCGAAUCGAGGCUGCGGCGGAAGGGCGUCGAUGUCGAUUCGGCCCGGGCCGCCUAUCGCGGAGAUGCUCCCUUUGGCCACCUCGGGCAGAUCAAGCUGACCGGUGGCCAGCACCUGCGAGCGCGGCUGGCGGCCACCUACAAGGCCUAA